AUGGCCAAACAAAACGCCAUUCGUUGUCUAGUAGACGACACGGCGCUGACCAGAAAUAUCGCAGAGAUUGAGAGUUGGCUGGCACAGGGCAAGAUCUGUCUGGUUGUGCCUCUUUACACGAUUGGCCGUCUCCAUGUCCUCAAAAAGGAUGCUUCCCAGAUCGGCGUCAACGCCCGCAAGGCCGUCAAGUUUCUCGAUCGCAGCACAUCCUCGCGAGGCGAUCUCGCAUACGAUCCAGUCAUCUUGCAAGGUCCAGACGAGGAAUAUUUAACUUGGGCUGAGGUGGAGGCACACUACUUGAACGAGGAUUUGAAGAGGGCCGGUGCAAAUGAGGAGGCGCUUACGGUUCCUCUGGAACACAAGAAGGGAGAGGGCGCACUCGAUCUGACCGCGAAGGGCACUGCGGGUGCUGCAAAUGCACUUUCGCAGGCCUUGUUAGACAAGCUCAACUUUUCGAAAGAUCCUACUGCGGCUUCGCCUGCGUCCACACCCCCUCUUUCCCCUGCCUCGUCCGGACUCCAAAGCUCCAAGACUAGUCCAGAGAUUAAAUCUGCCACUCUGAUCAAACACGACCAAACACCAGUCCCUCCCUCACUCAAGCCACUGCUCAACUCUGUGGUAUGGUAUAUGCACGAGAGAAACACUCCAUUGAAGGACAACCUGGUCUUUCUCACCAAUUCAGCAGACACCAUGCACCUGGCUCGCGACUUCGGUGUUCCGACCAAGAACAUCCAUCAACUGCGCCGUGCUCUUGGCAUUGAAGAUGUAGAAGAAAAAGCACCAGACAACAACAAGAAAGAACUGGUCAAGAAAUCGCCACCUACAGAGCCAAAAACCUUGUUCAGUUACCAUGAUGUCGACAGCGACGAAGAAGAAGUGGUUUUCAAACCGCGCGGCCGAGGCUCGAGUCGAGGUGGACAGCCAGCCCGUGCUGCAGCGAUUGUGAACGGAAGGGCAAAAGGCGGUCAUGCCCGUUCUCCAAGAGCUUCUUUCAGCACUCAGGCUCAGCCAUCUCAGAACAAACCACAGAUCCCUAUUGAGGAAAUUGAUCCUGACUCUUUCGACCGGGGCAGUUUUGGAAGGGGCAGCAUACCACUUGCGAAUGUCGGUGGUCCUCAGCCCAACCUGAACUACAACGGUGGACGUGCGCCUGGACAUCGUGGCAACCAUGGCCCGACCGCAAGCCGGGGCGCGAAUGCAAAUCGUGGUUAUAACCGCGGGACCGAGCGAGGUUCGGCUCGCGGAAGAGGUCGACUAUUCGUUCCUUGA